AUGGACCUGAAGAAAGCCGAAACCAAUGAGGAGGAGCAAGCCUUUCUACACAGCUCUGGAUCCCGAGACGGCGUCGCAACCGACUUUUGCUCACCAGAGUGUCAAAGACGCAGCGCCACAAAACGCCGGAGACGCAGGGUGACAUGGUGGCUGCGAUUGCUGCUGGAUAUCGGAAUGGCGGUUACCAUUGUGUACCUGCUCGUCUUCAAGCCCUUCAGUGUCGGACGCAAACUUAUCCGGCGUACACCAGUGCCUGAGUUUCCACACAAGAUUUACAAAUUUAAGAUCGACCCUCAAUAUGUCAGCGAAGACAUGUGGUUCAACGAAUCGCUGACACUGGGGAAGCUUCAUAACUGGGUCCCAUUGAGUUCACAGAGCCGAGGCUACGUAAAAGUCCCCGACGAUCCCUCACGUUACGACCUCCCCAAGCCGAUCCCAUUAGUCCUUGACCCAGAACGCCACGAGGGGCCGGGAUACAUGGUCGGCGUCUUCCACCAGCUCCACUGUCUCUCCUACCUGAUCGAGCACUACCAGCAGGGGUACGCCGGCGUCAACUUGACGGACGAGGUCGCCUUUCACUCGGCCCACUGCUUCAACUAUAUCCGCCAGGCCCUCAUGUGCAACGCCGACACGACGCUCGAGGGCAUGACCGAGGAAGGCCCGGGCGAGGGCACGGAGCAUGAGUGCAUCGAUUACGACGCACUGCUGGAGUGGGCUAAUGAGAAUGCCAUGCACAUGCAGAGAUGGAGGACGGGGUUGGUGCCGGAGGAGGCAGACAUACUCUGA